GGGGGUGGUCUUGGUAAUAACAUAAAUUAUACCAAUGCAACCAUACAAAUAAUACCAAUGAGUGACUGGUGGAUGAUGUUCAGGGAGCCACAUAUGGUUUUUAAUCUCAAAAUGUAACAUAUUCAGCUACAAGAGCAGCCUGGGGUUGAUUUUCGUUUGUUUUCUUCCGCUUCAUCCGGGUCAGGUUGCUGGGGCAGCAGCGUCAGGAGGGAAGCCCAGACGGCCUUCACCCCAGCCACUUCCACCAGCUCCUCCGGGGGCAUUUCCAGGCGCUCCCAGGCCAGGUGAGAGAUAUAAUCACCUGGUCCUGGGCUGGCCACGAGGUCUCCUCCCGGUGGAACAUGUCUGGAACACCUCUAACAGGAGGCGUCCAGAAGGCAUCCUAACCAGAUGCCCGAGCCACCUCAGCUGACUCCUCUCCACGUGGAGGAGCAGCAGUUCUACUCUGAGCGCCUCCCGAGUGUCUGAGCUUGUUGGCCGAGGGGGCCCUAAGCAGGCGCUUAGUUCACUUAUGCCUUGGGCCGGCUCUGGAUAUACAGCUGAACCUUUUUAGGAUUCACGUCAAUUCAGAGCUUUGUUUGAGUGUUUGGCUGUGUUGCUUUGGCAGACAGGUUUCAUGAUGUUUCAAGUGUACUGUCCUAUGGUAUGCUAUUUAUCAGGUCUGCACGGUAAAUUGGGCUCAGUGAGUGAUUCGUUCACUGAACGUUUAGUAGAAUUCACACCGAACAUGCACUGUUCCCUCGCAAACCGCUGCAAUGAUAGGAUGCUGCGGGUUCAAUACACUACUUGUUACAUGCUGUGUCCUAUAGUAUGCAGGUUGUUGUGGCAGCAAUUUAGCAGUAUAAAAUAAAAAAAGGUAGUUUUGUCUGAUAAAAAUGAUUCCAGAGAGUUUAGCUCAAUGUGUGAUUCGCUCAUCAUGUGAAUCAGGCGUCGGUGCAUGGGGUCCCUCGUUCACCAGCUGCAAUGCUGUUUCUUACUUUAGCUCAACUGAAGUGAGAAACAAACGAAUCACUCUGGGAAGUUAUUUGAUUCAGUACGUUCACUUCUAAAGAUUCAGUUCUUUUGAAGGAAUCGUUCGCGAACUACACAACACUAAUUCACAGAACGUCGAGGAGAUGCUGAAUGCAGCCUUGAAUUCCCGCAGUGCUGACCUUGGUCACCCCUGACAACAAGGGACGCUUUAAAAAGUAGUAUCCAGUUACGCGUCAAAGUAUGCACGCGCUAAAACAGACAAAGGUUCCAGUCAUGAUGUGAUUGGCUGCGAAUACAGUCAAUCACCUAUCAAUCAAGCUAGACAGCUGGUGCCAUAGCAACUCACUCAGCAACCACUGCCCUGCAGGCAACAAAUGCACAUCCCUGUAGGUUGGGGUUCGCCCUUUCAGAGAGUAAAGCUGUAGUGUGUGUUUACACGAAGGUCAGGACAGGGAGCCUCACAGCAAGAAAACAUGCCCCCAAAGAAGAAAACAAAAAAGACAACAAAGAAAACUCCUGAAAAAUGUAAAGUCACCGAGAUUACGUUGUUUUUUUCUUCUCUUUUCAGGUGCUUAAUGGUCUAUUCGUUUUUUCCCCAACAAAUUUUAUGUUUUUGCAGGUGAAACUGACUUGGAGGCAAAGUAUAGGCAAAGUGUUUUGGAUGUAGCCGUCCUACAAGAUCAAAUUGGUGAGAAGUUAUCUUCAUUUAAUUUACCGUGUACAAUGUAGGCUUUUAUUUAGACCAGGCUACCUUUAUAUUUAUGUAGUUUUAUUCACAUUUGAUCUGCACAUAUACAUGUUAGUUUAAACCUGCUGAUGCCUGAUCUUUGUGACCCUUAUUAUUCAUUAACAAAACCAUUAACUGAUCAGUCUGGGAAAUCAUUACACAUUUAUAUUCAACAGAGCAACGUGUCCUUCCUCAAAUAUUACAUGUAAAACUAUGAAUACAUUUGUUAAGAGUGUUAUUGGCUCACACUCCUCUGAUGAGUAAUCAUUUUAUAAGACAGUGUAUUACAAAAGUUCCCAUUUUUAUCUGAAUUUCUUUGAUGGCAUAAUUACAAAUGAUUUUGCAUAACUACUUUUGACAUUGAAUAUGUAUUUAACAUACUGUUACACUUUGCAUGACAGCUAAACUUGAAGCAUGAUUUAAAAGUACUUUUUUGUUCUAUCUUCUUCUACGGAGAUACAAUACUGUCCUGUCAGUUUGAACUUUUUGACACAUUUUGAAGGAAAGGUUUUUGUUUGAAAGUGAUUGCAGGACUUUUUAAACCCACUGUAGACUGUUUUCACAUUAUAGUAAUUUCACUUCUAUUGAAUUGAGGCAUCUGAAUCCACCCACUUAAGCUAGUGCCACCAUCUGUGCCACCUACAGUAGAUCACAGCUUGUAUGUGAAAACAUAAUUAGGUUUAGGAUUAGAGGAAUCAGAACACAAUUUCUGCAUAACAAAAAUAAACACCCCCGGUGUGUACAUAAUGCUUGCACGGGUUUGUGUUAUUGCCACAGCACUGCAGUGUGAAUCUGUAAAAAAGGUCCAGUCUGACAGAGGCGACCUAAGGAGACGCACGAGAGACAUGGAGCAGAAGCUGCAGCAUGAGAGACAAGACCACAGGGACGUCAACUCUGGUAUGCUACAGAUGACGCAUGAAUUAACAAUCAGUCUCUCUUUUAAUAACCUGAAAUAAAACCUGGGUCUCUGUGGGAUGUGAGGACAAGGAGCCUGUUUGCCAAGGUUGGGGUAAUUUUGGGGGAACAAAAAGUCUAAUUAACUGGGGGCCUCAGCUGAUUGCUGCAAAGCUGUACAAAGGGAAUGAGCAAUGGAGGUGACGUCUGACAAUGUUGACACAAAUGUCUUUUUAGACCUCAGUCGACAGUACAAAACCAUGCAGAUGGAGCUGAGCAGCAAGGUGAAGAGGUUGGAAGAAGAGGUCAGCCAGCUGAAAGAGGAACUUGGUAUGAUUAUUAGUUACUGUGACAUAUAUACACCGAUACAUAAAAACAGUAUAAUUUAUGACGUGUGCGUGCAUUUCCUCCAAAGUCUGGUGUCAGGGUGAACUGAGGAAAGAGAAAAGAGAGCGUGGGCAGGUUGAGCAGGAGAAGGACGCCAUCAUUUCUGACCUUCAACAUAAGAUGGACAAUAUGGAGACGGACUAUGAGAAGAUCCUACAUGUGAGUCACAAAUCAAGUCUCUCCGGAUUAAUGAAAGUGAAACAAACAGCAGUCGCUAACAGGCCUCUGUAGGUUUGAGCAGACAUGUUUGAGAACUCCUGCACUGUAAACUUGCAUGUACAGGUAUGUACCAAGCCAAUUAGGAUGAAUGAUGUGGGGCCGUCCCUGUUAAAGGGCAGCCUUGUCCCCAUUUAUCUUCACUUUUAUGAUAGUGGGUGUCUAACAGACUCAAUGUGGAUUGGUACUUCUCCUUGCCUCCGCAGUGAGAUAAACCAUUAUCUGUUUUGGCUCAGCAGAAACUGAUAGGCAGGGAGAACCACUUCUCCAUAAUGAUCAGGUCUGCCUAUUGGUUUAUGGUGCUGCUCUGAAGAGAGGGUGUGAAAGAUGACAUAUUUAUAACACUGUGUGUGAUGGGAAUUUGUCAAAAUUAAAUUCGCAGCCAAACUACUAGCACAAGAGUAUUUUUGGUAACACUUCACCAAAAAUAAGCACAUUUAUGAAUCCUUAUAAAUACAUCUCCAAGGCUUUGUAACAAGCUUCCAUAACAGCCUAUUAAGGUAUGGUUUAUAGUGCAUUGUACCUUAAUGACUCAGUUUUAUAGGUUCAUUAAGAACUCAUCCUGUCGAUCAGUAAGAAGAUGUCUUAUUAAUACUCACAACAUGCCUAAGCAUCAUUUAGGACACUUUAAGCAAAGUAACAGCUUUUAUGAGGCUUUAUAAGUGUGCUGAUAAUGCAUUAUAUGAAGUCGGCAUGUAUAAAUAUUGCUGAAUUUUAUGUUUAACUUAUGUUUCAACAUACAUGACUUUGCAGGAAACAGCUUUACAAAAGCCUGACAAAGUUUAUAUAAAGUUCAACCUUUAAGCAAAUGUAAAAAAUGUAAAAAUAUAGGCAAAUGUGAACUCUAAAAGUUAGUGUCUUUGUCUCUACAUAGUCACAUUUCAUCUUUCAGCCUGGAUGCACACACCAAUGUGUUCCCAGUGAAAUGUGAAAGUCAUUUGGAUACUCAGAAAUAAAGAACAGGCUCCUCUUCUUGACAGUCUCUACUGCAUCUGUUUCAAACUGCAUGCUCAGGUGCUCAAGCUGAUAACCUACAGAUACAUUAUAUUACCUCAGAUAGAGCAAAUAAGACUCAGAGAGGUAAAGCCAUAGGCUCAGUAUGGACAGACUAGGUACAGCCCAGCUGGCUGAGCACAGACGGUAGAGUGCAGAUCUUCAAAGAUAAGUGGUCAAGCCUGGAGCCCUUUUUCAAAGACUCAGCCUGUGAUUAUGGAGCUGGGGUUUUAAUAUGCAAUUAUCAUUAUUCCUGUCUCUCCCUGCGUGACUGAGAAUCUAAUUAUGCUUCUUUUUCAUCAGCCCGCCCCUGUUACUCAUCACAGUAAAAAGUGUUAAAGAGGAGGAAGUUUAUCAGGUUGGACAAAUUUCAGCUCACUGGUCAAUUGUAAUGAUUGUUUUCCUACAGGAGACUCUUGACAGCCUGACUUCCCAGCUGUCUGUGGCUCGACAAGGAUGGAGGGGGAAAAACACGGCGCUUCAUCAACGUCACAAGGACCUGCUCUCUGAAUUUGGCCUGAACGCCUCAGACAUUUAAAAGGAAAAACUAGAAGAGUUAAGAGCAACCGCCUCUAUGAGUAAGACAUAUCUGGCGGUUACAUGUUCGUUUGGUUGAAAUGAAGUGAUAUUUGUGGCAUUGGCGACUGUCAGCUUGUGAUUCAAUAUUUUUAACACGUGGUUGUUUUGACAGUAUUUCAUUAUCAUAGCACAAAAUAGACUGAUGUGUAUCUGUGCAUUUGUAAUGUUGCAUAAUGGCCACUAGGUGUAGCAAAUAACUUCAUGUUUUAGGAGGUGGUGGCCUGAAUAAAUGCUCAAAAUGUGU